CAGAACCUGUCCGCCAUCUUUCGGCUCACGUUUCUUUCGUAGCGUAUGUUGUGGAUUUGUGAAUGAUCGAAGUUCCUGCGUUAAAACUGUCCAGAUUUCAUUCAUGGCUCCAAAUAUAACAGUAAAGGUUCAUCCCGUCGUACUUUUUGCGAUCAUCGAUUCUUUCGAGCGUCGAAAUGACGGCGCAGAACGUGUUAUUGGCACGCUACUCGGCUCCUACGAGAAAGGCGGUGUUGAAGUCACCAACUGCUUUUGCGUCCCACACAACGAAUCUCAGGACGAGGUGGCAGUCGACUUAGAGUUCGCCAAGAACAUGUUUGAGCUCCACAAGAAGGUAAACCCUGCAGAAGGCAUCGUUGGCUGGUACGCUACCGGUCCAGAUGUCACCAGCCACUCAGUGCUCAUCCACGACUACUACAGCCGUGAGGCUUCAAAUCCCAUUCACCUCACCGUGGACACCCUCAUGGCAGACGGCAAAAUCAACAUGAAAGCUUACACAAGUACGCCGUUCGGUGUUCCAGGGAAGAACCUCGGCACUAUGUUCUCGCCUUGUAAAAUGGAAGUCGUGGGCUACGACGCCGAACUGGUUGGACUUAAGGUAACGCAAGGCACGAAACACAACAAACAACGCAGUGUAGAAUGCAUUCCUGACUUCGACACUGUCAGCAAGUCGGCCAAAGAGAUGCGGGAAAUGCUGGAGAUCGUCAUCACCUACGUGGACGACGUCUUGACGGGGAAGGCGCCUCCCGACAACCAGAUCGGACGUAUGCUGUUGGACAUCAUCCAGAGUGUACCACAGAUGGAGCCAGAGAAGUUCCAAGACAUGCUUAAUUGUAACAUGAAAGACCUGCUCAUGGUUGUCUACCUGGCACAGCUGACUAAGACUCAACUGGGACUCAAUGAGAAGCUUAGCCUAAUGUAGUAGCAUGCAAAUAAAUACUUCUUGGAUGAAGGUCA